UUUUUUUUUUUCUUUAUUUUCAACAUUUAUAAGUUUAAAUGCAAUCUUCUCGCAAUAGAGUUUUCCAACUUUGUCGUUCAGCCUCAAAUUGGCAGUUAAUAAAAAGCAUAGCUAGAUCUGAAUCAUCAAUGAUUCGAUUCUCCACAACAACACAUUGCCAACAAACAGAUCCGGUAACAAAAGAACUGACUCAAAAGAAUAGAAUUUUAAAAGAAACACCCGCUAUUUCACAGACAGCAGAACUAGAGGACAGUAUGCAUCCCCAGCCUACAACCACUGCCAUCACUAAGGAACCUAUAAAUAAAUCAAAGCAACUGGAGAAAGAAGAAAGAUUACAACAACAGUUAAUUAGAGAUGAGGCCAAUAAACGAUUUAAAAAACAUGUAGAUAGUUUACCCGAACUUCGUUUCCCUGGUUAUUAUAAAAUAGAUUGCGUUAAUACUAUAGAAGAUACAAAUAAACAUAUUCUUGAUUUAGCAAAUGGUAGUCAAACUAAAUUCUUUGGUCUUGAUUUUGAAUGGAGACCGACAUUUGUAAAAGGACAACCAGAAAAUAAGAUAUCAUUAGUACAGAUUUGCUCUGAAGAUAGAAUUCUACUAAUUCAGUUAUCGUCUAUGCGAAAAUUUCCUGUAGAAUUACGUAAUUUUUUAGAAAAUAGAGAGUUAUACAAGAGUGGCGUUAAUAUAAGAGCCGAUGGACACAAAAUAUAUCGUGAUUUCGGUAUAUUUACAAAUGGUUUGGUUGAAUUAGCUGAAGUAGCUGAAUCAACUCAAUCACCUAAAUUGAAGAUUAUUCAUCAAAGAUCGUUGCGUGCUUUGACUGCACUAUUUUUGGAGAAAAGGAUGGCAAAAGGAAAUGUACGAGUAAGUGAUUGGAGUAGGAAGAAAUUGUCUGCAAACCAAAUAAAAUAUGCUGCAUUAGAUGCUUACGCUUCUUAUCAAUUAAUGGUCAGCUUGGACAUGAUACGAGAUAAAAAUAAGCUUAUUGAUACUAUCCAUUUAGCAGAUGAGGCGUCUAGUGUCGUAAAAACUUCAGAAAAAAGAGUAAUAAAGAAUCAAAAGCAACAGACUAAACGACCACAGCCAGCAUCACGCUUACUUAAUAAUUGUUUUUCUAAUAAAAAUUUUCCUACAUCGACAACAGUUGUUAUUAAAAAAAAGCCAUCCACAAUUGAACCACCAUUAGAGGUUUAAUAGUAGUAGUAGCAGUAAUAAAAGAAGCCCGACACAAAAUUUUAAUUAUUUAUUUUCUGC